AUGAAACCCCGCCUCCGCUCAAGAAUCCGUCGACUCGGCUUCGCAUCGCUAACUCUACCUACUCUCGCCUCCUUCGCCGCUGCGAUUCCAUACACACCUUCCUCCAUAUUCAUUGCUCCGCAAUACAAUGAUUCGCUGGCGUACCUCCUCCAACCGAGCAGCUCGAGCGCAGGUCAGACGCAGUUUCUCUCUCUGAAUAUUUCGUCUAGUAUCGACGGCAGCAACACGUCAUUUACGCAGCUCCUUGAAAAGACUCCUUUUCAAAGCACCGACCAGACAUCUACCUUCCUUCCGUUUAUCGAUGACCAAGGAGUGAUCACCGUCUAUACAGGGAAUUGUCAUAACUCAUCCGAUAAGCAAGAAGUAUGGCAGUUUCAGUCCGAUAAGAACAGCACCAUCGGCAAUGGAACAUGGACUCAGAUAUCGGUUGAGUCUGGUGGGGAGAAGACAAAGCCAAGCUACCUGGCCGCAGGAUUUACCUUUGCAUCCUCCAACAACAGCAAUACCUCCAUGUACUCAUUCGGUGGAAUGUGUCCCUUCGCGAAUAGCACGACUCAGACCUGGAUAUCUGAUGCCGACUACUCACAGUCUAUGGUCGCCUUGAACCCGAGUGCCGAGAGUACGACCUAUGAUGCGACAACUACUGGGAAUCGAGCACCUCCGGUACCCGAGGCUGGAAUGGCCAUUGUAUCGCUUCCAGCAACUUAUUCGAGGACGGAGAUACAGCAAGAUUUCCUGUUGGUUGGUGGGCAUACACGGCAAGCUUUUCUGAAUAUGUCCCAGCUAGCCAUAUUCUCUUUGCCGCAAGAGAGUUGGAGCUUUGUCACCGUCAACUCGCAAGAAAACCCAAGGACGGAGCUAGCUAUUCGAGAUGAUGUUUUGGUGACGCCUCGAUCGGGUCAUGCUGCAGUUCUUUCGGAGGAUGGUACGAAGGUCUUUAUCAUUGGAGGGUGGGUCGGUGAUACUUCGACGCCAGCCGAUCCCCAGAUCGCGGUCUUGGAACUUGGUGAAAGCUAUGGUGGCUCUGGAGACUGGACAUGGACUGUACCAUCAUCGACAACCACUGAGGCUGGAAUCACCGAGGGAACUGGAAUCUACGGACACUCGGCUGCAAUGCUCCCUGGAGGUGUGUUGAUGAUUGCUGGAGGAUACACGAUCCCCAAACAGUCCACAAAGCGGUCAUCUACAGAACAAAACUCCAAUGUGUAUCUCUACAACUCGACAUCUGGUGGCUGGGUCACCUCUUAUACAAAUCCUUCAGCUCAGACUUCCACAUCCACGUCUUCAUCGCACAAGCAUGGCCUCUCAUCAGGACAGAAGAUUGGACUUGGAGUUGGGUUAGGCCUUGGAAUCCCUCUUGCCAUAGUACUCGCUAUAUGGGCAUGGAGAUUCUAUCAAAAGCGCCGGGUACGAGACCACCGAGAUUCGCAACUUCGCGAACUCGCCCUUGGAGCCGAGCGUGCUCAUUUCUGGGGUCGGGGUGAUCCACAACAAGCCAGCAGUAUCCGCAGCUCUCAGAUGAGUGAGAAGGCAGAUCCAUCUUCUAUGUACCCCUGGUCUGGAAAUCACAGUGCGACUUCGCGGCCUUCUUGGAAUGAUAAUGAUAACCAAAGCGAAAACUAUGGACUGCUGAUGGAGGUACCCAGCCCGGACAAAAACAUUCGCCCGGAUAGUCGUCCAUUCAUUAGUACAAAGGCUUACAGGAUGUCUGGGUAUUCGGACUGGCGUCGAAGCGAAGCUACGAGUGAAAUUCACCCCAUUGAUGAACGUGAAGAGGACGAAGAGAUCCUCCGAGAACGCCUCAUGUCAACUAUUCCCAAAGAGGAGCAAAGGCCUAAGAUUCAAGACCCCGAUGAUCCGUUUUCAGAUACACCUUUUUCCACGCCCCGAAGCACCAUCUUCGGUGUCGGCCUGGGUCCAUUCUAUACUCGAAAAAGCGGUACAGAUAGUGAUGGUCGUGUUUCUCCAACGAAGAGUGAUCGAACAUCUACCAAUCUCUCCGAGUCCUCCGCCUUCUCCUUCUCAUCCGCUAAACAAUCUGGUCAUCUUUCGCAAGUGCGGGCCGUUUACGUCGAUAGGCCCCUGAGCUGGGGUAGCAGUGGCGGUCAAUCUGUCGACGGCAUGGCAGCUAUCUCAACACACAGCAGAGAGACAGCACACACUGAUGUGGACGCCAUGACCGCUCCAUCGGAGAAAUCAUACUCAGCAGACUCCUACUCCACGGCGCGCACAACCAUCGCAGAACGUCAAGCAGAAAACUCAUUCCUCCUCGAUGCAGAUGUAAUCGACACCUCACCUUCCAAACUCCCUUCCUCAAAACCCAGAACAUCAGACUGGAUGCUUCAGACUGUUCGCCGUGCUCUCACACUCACCCGACGCAGCCCAACUCAACUUGAAUACGAAUCCGAAUCCGCUCCGCUAGCCUCGGGCAUUGACCGUCGCAGUACCGUUAUCGGACCAGGCUCAUACCCAUCGAAUGGUAGUGCUACUACACCCCGGCGUGCUGUUUCUGCUUCGGCAGAACUCUUCCGACGCAAACAAGGCGCCAGAGACUGGAACGCUAAGAAGCGUAUGUCGGACAACUAUACGAUGGCACGCUCCACGCGCGAUGAUCUCUUCAUCGGUGCACCGGGUUACCUUGGUGAUGAUGAUACCAUGGACGAGGAGGAAGAGGAGGACUGGGACGUCGAAGGUGCAGCUGAAGGACGCAGUGUGCAGGUUACAUAUACCGUCCCUCGAGAAAGGCUUCGAGUUGUCAAUGCCUCUGCCGCUGACAAUAUCUCUGAACGCAGUCUCAGUCGCACGCUUAGUGGUCGUCGUCAUGUAAGCGGCUAA